AUGCACAGAUUGAAAAACAAGAAUGAGAUUAGAACACCAGCUACAACUAUAGAACAAGAUCAAAUAAAUCAAAUAUCCAAUUCGAUAAUCCCCAAUACAAUUGAGCAUCCAAUAAAUCAAAUGUCAGAUUCAACAGAUUCAACAAUCCCUAAUACAAAUAAACAGAGCGUUAAUAAUAAAGAACAAUAUGAAGAAUCUAAUGAACCCAUUUCAACAAGUAUCAGUAAUGUUCGAAACUUCUCUAAAGUCACUGGCAGAGGAAGGCCUUCAAAAUAUAGAUAUGUAAGCAGCAUUGAGAGGAAACAAAUUUGUAGUGGAGAUUCAGCUUAUAGUAGAAGUUCAACUUGUAGUGAAAGUUUAACUCAUGGUGAAAGUUCAACUGGUGUUGGAAGUUCAGCUCGUGGUUGA